AUGUCUGAUAAAGCUUUGCUUAAGAAAGGAAAUUAUAAGACUUUCUACGAGCCUCCAACUCAUGAAGAAUGAAGUGAUCUCAAGUUUCUCAAGCUCAACCGCAAAAAGCAAGCUUUGCGUGUCAUAAGUUAUAUUUUAACUCUCGGAAUUACAUAUUUGCUUUCUAGAUGAUUUGUGAAGUAUGAGUCUUUGGAAUACGAUAUUACAACUGUAGAAGAAGCUGACCAUGUCCUUGUGACUUCAGAAGGCUCUGAACAAAUUCUCAAGAUUUUCUAUAUCAGAGUUUGUAAAAAGAUCCUUCAUCCUGUGUAUGAUGAUGAACCGGUUAAUUUAAAGGUAUUUUCUACAUAGAUAUUUACUUUUAGAUAUCUGAAAUUCUAUUACGACGAAGAUCUCGCCCGCUUUGCAGAAAUAAAAUUCCCAAUGAACCUCCAAUUUAAAGAAAUUCAUGAAAAGAUGUCAUCAGGGUCUGACAGCCAAUAUAAUGAUAGAAAAGCUUUAUUUGGGGACAACUUGAUAUCUGUUCCGAUGCCUUCAGUCUGGUCAUUAUUUUUAGCUGAAAUUAUGCACCCAUUUUUUGUUUUCCAAGUUUUCAGCUGCAUUUUAUGGACUAUUGAACUAUAUUAUUACUAUGCUGCUGUAAUUUUCUUUAUGACUGUAGGAAUGCUUAUUUUCAACCUAAUAGAAACUCGGACAAACAUAAAAAAAGUUAGAGAAAUGGCUCACUAUGAAUGUAACAUGAAAGUUAAAAGAAAUAAUGAAUGGAUUUUCGUGAGCAGCAGAGAAAUUGUCCCUGGAGAUAUAGUGGAAAUUCAUGAAAAAAUAAUGCUGUCUUGUGAUAUAAUUUUACUUAAUGGGAUAUGCAUUACAGAUGAAAGUAUGCUUACUGGAGAAUCUCAGCCAGUCGUAAAAGAUCCUUUACCAAUGACUUCUUCAAUAAUUUACACAGGAAAUAAGCAAUAUACCUUAAGCUCAGGUACAACUCCUUUACACUGCUUUGGGGAAUGCUACGGACUUGUGAUUUCUACAGGGUUCUCUACCACAAAAGGACAUCUCAUUCGAGCAAUUUUAUAUCCAAAACCAAAUCGUUUUAAAUUCACGCAAGAUUCGAUGAAAUAUAUAGGAGUAAUGUUUAUCAUUGCAAUGAUAGGAUUUUUCUACUGCAUUUGGUUUUUUAUUGAAGAAGGGUAUACAGCUUUAGACAUCAUUGUUUGGUCUCUGGAUUUAAUUACUAUAGCUGUCCCGCCUAUUCUUCCACUUGCCAUGACUGUAGGCGUUGCAUUUGCAAUUACUAGGCUUAAAGAAAAAAAUAUUGGCUGCAUUUCUCCACCUGCAGUAAACGCAGCUGGAAGAGUUUCUGUGAUUUGUUUUGAUAAAACUGGCACGCUAACUGAAGAUGCUAUGACGUUAAAAGGGGUAUGGGAAAAUUUCAAACUCAAUGAAGAUCUAACACUUUGCAGUGAGGAUUUUCAAGAAAAUUUGGCAACUUGCCACUCACUGAAAAUUUUAAAUGAAAAAUUAAUAGGGGACUCGCAAGAAGUUGCAAUUUUUGAAGGAAUUAAAUGGAAUUUGCAAGGAAGUGAAGGAAAUUAUGUAUGUACAGUUAAUAAAGAAGGAAAAAGCAUAGGUGUCGUGAAUAUAUAUCCAUUUUCUCCAGUAACAAAGAGAAUGGGGGUUGUUGCUGAAUAUAAUGGAAAAUUAAAAUUACAUGUAAAAGGUGCCUCUGAAGUAAUUUUGCCUUUAUGUUCAAAUAUCAAUCCCCAAGUAUACAAAGUCCUCAACAAAUACACUCGAAAAGGAAUCCGAGUUCUUGCCUGUGCUUCAAAGCCUUUAGAAGCUGAUUACAACCCAGAUCAGUCCUUAGAAUCAUUGGAAUCCGACCUUCAAUUUUUCGGGAUAAUUUUGCUCGAAAACCAACUAAAGCCAGACUCUAAAAGAACUUUGAGAAUUUUAUUGCACACAAACAUAAGAUGCAUUGUUUCCACAGGAGAUGCUUUAUUAACAGGAACUUCUGUAGCUAAAGCCUUAACCAUCAUUCCUAAAUACUCUAAAUACAGUGUUGGUGAUAUCACUAAUGGAGAAGUUCAUUGGGAAGACAACAAAGGAAACAAGAUUGACUGGCCAACAGCCCAUAAAUGUGGAUUCUUCGUAUUAAGUGGAUCUUUAUUAGAGCAUUUAAUCAAUACUGAAGAUGAAAUCCUCCCUACCAUUAUUUUAAGAGGUGCUGUGUUUGGCAGAAUGUCUCCAAACCAAAAAGUUUUGCUAGUAAAACAGCUUCAAGUAGGAGAUGUGCAAGUCGCCCAUGUAGGGGAUGGAGCUAAUGACUGCGCAGCUCUAAAAGCAGCCGAUGUAGGGCUCAGUCUUAGUGAAGCUGAAUCAUCAAUAGCUGCUCCUUUUAAUGGCAGAGAACUUAAAGGUAUUAUAGAAGUAAUCCGAGAGGGCCGCGCAUCUUUAGCUACCUCUUUUCAGACAUUCAAAUAUAUAACUAUGUACAGCAUGAUCCAGUUUUUCUGUGUUGUAAUUUUAUAUUCAUUAAACAACAGCCUGCUUGACUUGCAAUUUUUAUAUCAAGACUUAUUUAUUAUUUUGCCGCUCGUCAUAUGUAUGUCUUAUACGAAGUCUUAUGAUUUAUUAGCUCCUUAUAUGCCUCCAGGCGCUUUAAUAUCAUUUCCUAUACUAUCUUCUACAAUAGGCCAAACUACUUUUCAGCUGCUUGUACAAAUUGUGUGCUAUUUACUGCUGAUUUUUCAAAGCUGAUAUGAAAGUAGUGAUGCUUCAGCUGAUGAGCCUGCUGAAUCUGAUGAUAAUACCGUUUUGUUUUUAAUUAGCUCUACACAGAUGAUUUAUAUGUGCUUGAUUUUCAGCAUUGGACCACCAUUUAGGCAGCAAGUUGCUACAAAUUAUUGGUUUACUGGGGCUGUGGUUGUCGUAGUGUCGGUGCAUUUUUAUCUUUUUGUGUUCCCUGACGAGUAUAUUCGAGAGUUUAUGGAACUCACUUGGAUACCAUAUGAUUUUAAGAUGGUUUUGAUGCUUAUUGUUUUUGGGGCUAUUAUGGCGUCUUGGGAGUAUGAAAAUUAUGGAAUUAAGUAUUUCUCUAAAAUAAAAGAUUAA